AUGCCGAACGCGAGCAGUGGCCGCCGCCGUCGCGCUGAGUGGGACUAUGGGGGCCGUUGGGAGCGCAGGCGACAGUGGAACAAUUGGGAAGACUUCGACGUCCAUCGCGGAGAGGAUCUUCUUCGCAAGUACCGUAUGGAAGGGGAGGAGCUGUACAACCGUGCCUUCCAAGCCCGUGUUCCCGAAUGUCAAGGGCUUCCCACAGCGAUGGCCACACGUACGGAAGAGAUGCCAAGUGCAGCCUACUGGAACCAGUGGACCGCUGGUCAGAUGGUCAUGCAAGCUGGAAUGGGGUGGGGAGGCUUCAUCGACGCGCCAGCCACAACUCUUCCAUCACCUUGUCCCAUCAGCCAUGAUGUGCAACUCGUCAUUGACAAUAUCCUCCGCCUGCAGUGCAUGGCACCGGAGCAGGCGGCAAAGGCAUUGAAGGACACAGCGGCCCUGCAGGGCCCAUAUGAGGAUUGA